AAUCUCCCCCCCCCCCAGCAAUUUGACUAUGAGAGUGACAACCUCUACAUAUCCGAAGGUGAUAGACAAGAACAGCUUACUCGCAAUUAGCUGUCCUCACUUGACCUUGCACAAAUAUGCACCACGAGGUCGACGAGGACUUCCAAAGAGAUUGCGGGAAAUUUGGCAGAAUCAACACCGUCAAGGCGACCGCGGGUGGGAACGGAGCUGGCGACCGUCGUCAUGCGGGCUGCGCAAUAGAGCCACCUGCGCCACACAGACUGGCCGCUGCGGUUGCAAUCCAGGCAGGAUCGCCCGGCCAAGGCGAACCGCACCAAGGAAACAUCACCCUAUCUUUAAGAAAAUUUGUCACCACGACCGAACUGCACACCGACCUGGAAUGGAGGGAGGGAUACGGGUACGACUUACGCGUCACGGCUGGCCAUCCAGACCACCCGAACGCCAGGCUUGACUUCCGCGGGACCAGCCUCAACCGCAAAUUGGACUGCUUGCAUGUGACCAGUUUCGUGAAGGAAACCAACCCCACUCAAAUGCUUCUAAAAAUUAAUGACAUCUGUGAUAAUUAGGCAAGUCUAAAAUACUUUAAAUUUUCAAAAUAUGACCAAUUUCAUCAUUCCCCAAAGGAGGGGCUAUCACAUCUUUAACAAUUUUAAUUCGACAUUAUAA